AACAGCAGCAGCAGCUUGCCCGGCUGGAGCCGAAAACAGCCCGCAGCAGCGCACAGCCUCCUGCGUCUUUGACCUGCCGGUUGUGGAAUACUUGAAGAUACACGGAUAUCGACAUCUGUGGGACUCACGAGAUCAUUUGCACUUGUGUUGAUUAUUUUAAGGUCUGAUUUUUUAUUUUAUUUUAUUUUUUGGAACGCUUUCGUGUUGCCAAGGAGGACGAAGUCCGAGCAGCCAUGAGAGGUUAUCCUGCAUCUGCCAGAUACUUCCACAGCCACUUCUGACCAAACCUGAUUUAGCGAACCAAAGAUGUCAGCGUGCAAUGACUUUGCAGAACACGUGUGGAAACCCGGCUCUUGUAAGAACUGCUUCCACCCGCUCAGUGCACACAAGACUGUUGGCGUCCUGGAUGGCGGCGCACCAGCCGCGUGUUUGAAGAGCAGCCCCGGAGGUGAUGAAGAAGUUGGAUUGACUGCUCCUUCACCCUACAGCAAGCCAACAAUUGCUGUUAAACCCACUAUGAUGAGCCUCGACACCAGUGAUGCUGCAGAUGUCAACAUGAACAUCGAGCAGGAGGAAAACACAAAAAGCCCAUCUGAGAGGUUGCACAUGAAGCAGCUCUUAGACCUAUCACCUCUUUACAUUGACAGUAGCAGCUGCAACAAGGCCCAUAGAGAGGCAGUUCUGAGUCCUGAUGCCAAGAAGGACUGUAACAACUCCUUCUCUUUGACUCCCUUAAACCCCAAUAUCCUGCCCACUGACUCAAAGAUCACGAGCAAUAUCUAUGUCACCCAGGAGGAAGGCAGAAGUUCUCAGAGCUUAAAGAAAAAUGCCAAUGAAGACUCCUGUAGGCAGCAAAAUAAUGUAGCCGCUAUGAGAACCAUAAGCACUUUUAAUGGAAAUGUUGUGACUGCUGGGUCAAAUUAUCAAGCAUCUCAUCAAGCAGCUGUGGAGAUACCCUUGUCAGUGGAUAUUGUCCCUACUAGUCCCGUCACAGCCCAUAGCAAUGGUAUGAGCAGCGGGAGCACGGCUGCUAUUACCAAAAAGACAUCCAGCACUUCUACCACUUCUUCUGUGGACUUCACUAGCCCUAACUCCCAUCGUCCUGUCCUGUCCAAACAGUACAGCUUAUCAGACUCUUCUUGUUCUUAUCGUAGCAGUACAGAUUCACUUCCUGGGCCAGAAGGGUCAAGAGACAGAAAAGACAGCUCAAGGAGCCUCCAAAGCCCACCAGCUGUGGGUAGCCCACGGUCAACUCCCAUCUCCCCCAGUGGACAGAAAAACUCAGAGCCCAUUUAUGCAGAGAGCACUAAGAAAAAGCGCAGGCAGCAAGAAAAUGGACUGCAAUCACAACCUGAGUCCCCAAACCAGACUACGGAGUCUCUGAGCUCUGAGCAUGAACUCUCAGGAGAAAGUCAACGGGCCACCAUCACCGUAAUGGCUGCUCACACAGAGAACAACAGGACUUUCUACCUGAGCAGCCCAGAUUCAGCUGUUAGCACCCAGUGCCACUUUAGCCCCACAGCACGUAAAGACCAGAGUAGCCCAGCUUUCCGUUGGCCCAGCCCCAGCCACAGCAUCGUCUCUCUGGCCACAGAAGUAGGCUAUGCCCCCAGUCUGCACCCCAAGCCACAGUCCAGCCCACCCAUUCCUCCAAAGAGGAGCACCCGCUCCCCCAAACUGGGCACCUCCAGCCUCUCACCGUCCAUGUCUUCUCCAGUCCCACUUCCUGAACUUCCCAAACUGUUAACCUCCAGUCUCUCUCCAUCUGUUUCAUCUCCUGUCCCUCUCACUGAACUCCCCAUGCUUUUCUUCGUUUCUACUAAAGAGGGCCUCAAGGUCACUACAGAGAACCAGAGCACAGCAUCCGAGCGAUGGCACAAGCCCCACCACCACAGUUCUGGCUGGAACGGCCGCAUUGAGGAAGAGGAGGAGGAGGAAGAAAGAGACCGGAAAGAAACAGAAAAGAAAAAGUUAGCUGCCAGCCCCGAGGCAACCUCUCGGGUGACAGCCGUAGUCAAUGGUGCUGCUGUCUGGAAGGAAGCCAGGGACUCGAAGGCCCACAGUGGCCCCCCUCCGAUGACAGAGCCAGGCACGGCCCCCCCAGCUGCCACCAACAAUGGUGCCUAUCAGGGAGAAACUAAGGGCAACGGUGCAGAGGCGGAGGGCAAGCAUAACGGGAGCAUGCCGGCAAAGCAACCGUUGCAUGGCGGCUCAUUAGAGCCGCUGGCAGCAGGGAAGGGAGCUACAAGCAACGACCCCAAUCCACCACCUCCCCCACCCAAGAAACUGCACAGAGUGGGUAAAAUGAGUGGCAGCAACAUGGAGCUGGAUCGCUGCACCCAACAAGGGUCAGUAGAGAGCCCUACUUCUUCUUUCCGGAUCCUGAGCAAUUCCAGCCUAUCAACUGCCUCCACUGACAACCUGACUGCCACUGACGCUGGGUCUCGGGAUGCUACACGAAUGUCUUGUUCUUCUCCGUUUCCUAGAAGUCCAGCGGCUUCAGCUCCAGGCUCUCCUAACCCUCCCUCCGUUAACAGCCUAAGUAGCCAGCCGCCUCCACUCCCAGAGAAAAAAAUGGCCAGCCGCACUGUGUCAGCUCCUGAUGGUGCAAACGGAAAACCUUCCAUUCGCGCAUACCCGCGCCUCCCGUUUACCGGCUCAGAGAGCAACGUGUGUCGAACUGCAGAUGUCAGUUCCCGAUCCAGUUUACCAUCCAGCCCCGUUGACACUCGGCCCAUUUUCUCCUCCAAUGAGUCUCUGGAACGUUGUCACACACCCCUAGCUCGACCAUUGAGAUCCCGGACGCUGGACGAGCCAGUCAAGGCUCAUGGUCGACUGGGCGUACACUGCCGAAGCAGCAUCACUUGCUCCUCUUCUCCCCAGCUCAGUGUGCCGUUCUCAUCCUCGGAAACGGGUUCGGCACCAAAUUUCGGCUCGAGCCUGCAGCUCCAGACCCUUCUGAGUAACAUAGACAGUAGAGAAGGAGUGUACUCCAAACUGGGCGGCCUGUAUGCAGAGUCUCUGAGGCGCCUGGCUCUAAAAUGUGAGGAUCACUUCACUCGCUCACAGAAGAACCCACUUAGGUUUGAAGAGAGCAACUGGUCUCUCUUCAGGCUCACAUCUAACAAGCCCAGCUGCAAUGCAGGAGAUGCUGUGUACUACUCUGCUGCCUGUGCCUCAGACCCCAGCAACUCCUAUGCUGUAAAGAUUUGCAAGAGUCCAAGCAUUGAAGCCAAACAGGGCCAUCUCUACGGCCUGUCGGUGCAGCAGAGCAUGCCUCCUCACUUCAACCUUCAGCAGGAUUGUGGUCACUUUCUCGCUUGUGUCCCCCAGAGCAUGUUGCCUUUUGAUGAAGUCUCCAUGUCGCCCACACCUGCUUCACCACUGCCUCAGCCCUCCACAUCUGUGCAGAGCCAGCAGGAAGACAGAGAGCGAGUGGUGGUCAUCACUCCCGAGAUCCCUCAGCAGACAGCAGCUGACUUUGUUCGGGAGUGGGAGGCAUUCCACAAAACUCAGCCAGAAGUCUACGAGCGUCGUGUAUGCUUCCUCCUCCUGCAGCUCUGCAAUGGCCUGGAACACUUAAAAGAGCACGGGGUCACGCACCGUGACCUCUGCCUAGAAAAUUUGUUGUUGGUGCCUCAUCAGCGCAGGGCCGCUCAGUUCAACCACCAGACUGAAAACAGCAUCAGUAAUGGUAGUGGUGCAGACACUCAGCGUCACCUUCCCCGGCUCCUGAUCAGCAACUUUGCAAAGGCCAAGCGCCGCUCAUCUGAAGAUGCUGCGUCGACCAGUGUGGACCCUCGCAUCAAACGUGACCACGCCAGGCUGGCGCCUGAGAUCCUCUCGGCAGCCCAGUACCGCAAAUUUGAUGAGUUCCAGACAGGCAUCUUGAUCUAUGAGCUCCUCCACCAGCCAAACCCAUUUGAGGUGAGUCCAGCACUGAAAGAACAAGACUACCACUGUGACGACUUGCCUCCGAUCCCCUCUGUCUCCAUUUAUUCAGCUGGCCUCCAGAGGCUGACUCAGCUCCUUCUCCAGCCUGACCCCAUUAAACGCAUCCACAUCCAGGAGGCCAAGCGUAUAUUGCAGAGCUUGCUCUGGGGGCCCAGGAAGGACCUCAUGGAGCAGCAGUGGGAGAGACACGGACAAGGUGGAGGCUUUGUUGAUGGAGCCCGACACGAGGGUCUCCUUAAUUGGCUCGAUGUGAAAAGGGCGUUGCUGAUGAUGAAGUUUGCAGAGCGUUCACUGGAGCCAGAGAGGAACGCAGAGCUGGAGGACUGGUUGUGCUGUCAGUACUUCUCCUCAGCUCACCCUCUGUCCCUCUGCCAUACUGCUGAACUGCUCUACUCACUAAAGUGAAAAAUACUUGCGGGUGAAAGCAUAGUUAUGCGUGAGGAAGACCAAUAAUGUCAAAGGAUGGGAUACAAAGGUGCGAUCCUCUAGAGGAACUUGCUCUACUCCUUCAUGCAUGAGAUCCAUGCGUUAAACUAGCCGUCCACUCUGAACUGUUGUGUUUUUGUUUUAUGUACACCAACAGUAUCCUGCUGCAGUGAGCUUAGCAUCAAAAAUGAUCUGUGAAAAUGCCACUGUUUUUGUAAAAUCUCAUACCAUUCUUAUGAGAGCUAGAAUCCUUCUUUUUCAAGUGAUCUUGAUGAAUGCACCGGGGGGAAAAAAGAAUAUGGACAGUAUUCAUAAUAAUACACUUACCAAAGUUCAUGUUUGGCACUGUGUUGUGUGUAUUUAUUAAAUGUCAGUGGAGACAUUUUUACGCGCUGACGGGAUAAUAAUUCAUAACAUUCUGUGUCAGUAAUGCUGUGUCGUACUUACAUGUGCAGCUAACUUUGUCCAUAUGUAAACCGAAUGGCUAAUUUCUCUGACAAUGGAAAUGUGAGGUCAUCUGCAGGCUUACUGUCUUGCACCUUUUCUCUCAUGGUUUGUCAUGGGCACAUAGUGUACUGCAGAAAUGCUGGAGGGUUAUCCUUACUUUUUAUUUUAGUUUUUUCUGCAUAUACUUGGAAUGAUCAAGGCAGCCUUCUUUAAGUUAACUCGGUCAACGAAACCACUGGCACCAUAAUAAGGCCGCUGCUACUACUGUGCUACUACGCCCAGCUUUUUCCCCCUUUGCUCAUUUUUAUCAUAUAUUUAAAUGUUUGUUGACGUUCGUCUGCGCCUUUUGUUCUUUUGUAUUUGUUACAUUGACUCAACCCUAAUGUAAAUAUUUCCUGUCAUUCGUCCUUUGUGAAACUGGCUUUUCACAGAAACAAUUUUUGUACAAUGAUUUGUAGAUGAUAUUAGAAACGAAUGAGCCCGAGCAGGUCUUAAAAAGCCAUGAAUAUGAGCAGCAGUUAAAAAAGUAUUUAUGAUGUAAGUUGUAAACCUGUAGUAGUCACUGGAAUUUCUGUUUAUUUUCAUAUGUGGAUUAUCAGGUUAUGUUAUUCAGCAGCGGCCGGACCUUUUUUCUGUCUCAUGCCAGCCACAGUGAAAGCUUCAAGUUAUAAAUAAUAUUUUUUUUUUUUUAAAUGUCCAGUGUGGCAACACAUGAACAGCCUGCAUGCAGGUUUUUAAUCCAUGACUGACUGUUUCUAAUGUUCAACAGAAGUAAAACAUGCCCUGAACUCACAACUAAUGCAUUAUUGAUUGGAAUUAUUUUGUGUGUGCCUCUUAUUUGCAUCUAUCAAUAAACUGCAUAUAUUUUCUCACUGCAGGAUGUGGUGUGCUGAA